UGCGGGCGCGGCCAGGGCUGCCGCUUCAGGUUCCGCUUGCUGCGACGGGGUGGACGCUGCGUCCUGAGGCCGGGACCCCCUCAGACCCUGGGAGCCCACCCCCAAGGUUGUGUCUGACAGCUACUCCAAGAAUCAUGGCCAAGUUUGCCCUGAAUCAGAAUCUUCCUGACCUGGGCGGUCCUCACUUGUGCACAGUCCCUUCUGGGAGUGCCCGCAGCCCGAGCUCGCCUUACUCGGUGGAAACACCGUACGGCUUCCAUUUGGACUUGGACUUCCUUAAGUACGUGGAAGAGCUGGAGCGCGGCCCCGCGGCGCGCCGGGCACCGGUACCUCCACCGCCCCCGCGUCGUCCCCGCGCGUCCCGGCCGGGCCUCGCGGGGGUGCGCAGCCCAGGAGCCUGGACCUCCAGCGAGUCUCUAGCCAGUGACGACGGAGGAGCUUUGGGUGCCCUCUCCCCACGGGCAUCCCCGGGGCUCUUGUUGCCACCGCUGUCACCAAGCACACUCGUGCGUAACCCGCGAGUGGAGCACACGCUGCUGGAGACCAGCCGGCGCCUGGAGCAGGCCCAGGCUCACGAGCGAGCGCUCAGCCCUUCCGGCUCGGCCCAGCGCAGCCCGCGGGGGUCCCGCCGCGGAAGCCCCUCCCCCAGCCCCGCCCCCGCCUCUCCGGGCCCCGCUCAACUCCAGCGAGUGCGGGAGCAGAUGGCCUUGGCGCUGCGGCGCCUGCGCGAGCUGGAGGACCAGGCGCGCGCACUGCCCGAGCUCCGGGAGCAAGUGCGCGCCCUGCGCGCCGAGAAGGCACAGCUACUGGCCGUGCGCGCGCAGCAGCCAGAGGCCGACGAGGAAACCGAGGCACGCCCUGACAAGCUCGCCCAGCUGCGGCGGCUCACCGAACGUCUAGCCAUCCCCGACCGUGGAGUCCGCUCCAGGGCCAGCCUCCGGGCUGACAGUUCCGACGGGUUGGCUGCAAGGCGCAGCGAGGGCUCGCUCCAAAUCCUAGACGGGGCGGCCUUGAUCCCCGAUGGGGCGCCCCAGAUCCAGGAGGCGGGCACCGAGGCUCUGUACCAGACUCGAGAGACCGGUACUCAGGCCGUGCCUGAGAUCCGGGAGGCCGGCGUGGAUGCGGUCCCUAAGACCGUUGAAGCGGACGCGUGGGUGACCGAGUCACUGCUGGGGCUGCCCGAGGCUGCAGAGCGCGAGCUGGAGCUGCUGCGCGCCAGCCUGGAGCACCAGCGCGGGGUGAGCGAACUCCUCCAGAUCCGAUUGCAGGAGCUGGAGGCCCGCAUGGCGGUGGAGGUGGAUGAGGCUCUGGAGACCGGGUCCCAGCCGCGUGAGGCCGCCACCCAGACUCCCUGGGUUUGUGCAGAGAAGACCACACAGACCGAGUCCACCGCUUUGACUCUGGAGAACCUGCCUGGACCCAUGUCAGCGGAUAAGGCCGAGGCCCCCGCCAGCACCCUCAAAUCCAUCAUGAAGAGGAGAGACGGUACGCCUAGUGCCCAGUCCAGUCCUGGACCCAAGAGCCUGAAGUUUGUAGGGGUCUCCAACGGAAAGUAUGAGAGCUCAUCCAGCGAUGACAGCGACAUUGAAGGCAAUGCUGAACCCCCCCAAAACAACUCUUCCGACACCGGGGAUGAGAGCGGUAGGGACUCUGACCCAGACACCCCUGGUCCUCCCAAUGAAGAUGCUGAGGGGGACACGGAGCCUGAAGCACAAUCAGAGCCUCAGCCAGAGUCACAGGAGAGGUGCGAGCUGAGCCCGCGGUUGAGGGAGGCAUGCAUCGCACUACGUAGGCAGCUGAGCCGGCACCGCGGAGGCACCCGCGAUGGCAGCAGCGCCGCACGUCUGGUGGCCCAGGAGUGGUUUCGAGUGUCCAGCCAGCGGCGCUCCCAGGCUGAGCCUGUCGCCAGGAUGCUGCGCGGGGUGGUAAGCCUGGGACCCGAGCUGCUGGCACACGUGGUGAACCUGGCUGAUGGCAACGGGAACACGGCUCUGCACUACAGCGUGUCUCACGGGAACCUGGCUAUCUCUAGCUUGCUGCUGGAUACCGGAGUCUGUGAGGUCAACCAGCAGAACCGAGCUGGCUACUCGGCACUCAUGUUGGCUGCGCUCACCUCUGCAAGGCAGGAAGAAGACAUGACUGUAAUCCAGAGGCUCUUCAGCAUGGGCGAUGUCAAUGCCAAAGCCAGCCAGACAGGACAGACAGCCCUCAUGUUGGCCAUCACCCAUGGGCGCCAGGACAUGGUGGCAGCCCUGCUGGAAUGCGGGGCCGAUGUCAACACACAGGAUGCAGAUGGGGCCACUGCACUGAUGUGUGCCAGCGAGUAUGGACGCCUGGACACUGUUCGGCUGCUGCUGGCCCAACCAGGCUGCGAUCCUGCCAUCCUGGACAAUGAGGGAACCAGUGCCCUGGCCAUUGCCCUGGAGGCUGAGCAGGAUGAGGUGGCAGCUCUGCUGCAUGCACACCUGAGCACCAGCCAACCUGACUCCCAGUGCCAGUCACUCCCAGAGUCCCACACAACCACACCUGCUCAAGGAGAAUGCAGUGACCAUGGAGAGGACUCGCAGCCUCAGUGAUCAGCCAACAGACCCAAUGCCAAAUGUCCUCUCAGCCAGUGCCUCUGGGUCAGAGAUAGGCCCAGAUGCUCUGUCCAGAUGCUCAUUAUACAGAAACGCAGUUCCAGUUGUUCAGUGCCAGGAAAGGCUCACCUGGACCCCCCCAAGGUGAGGUGGGUUUAAGGAAUGGCACAGCUUCUGCCCCACCAUUCACUAAGUUGUUUUCUUUUUUCCUAAUAAAGCUUUUCUUCUAA